AAAGAAAGCGACGGUGACCCAGUCGGGCUCAUUGUGUGCACCAAAGUUCACCUCAGCAGCCGGCAUGAUGAAGCCUUCGCUGCUCCUGGCCUGUGCUCUCCUGGCCGCUUCCGUCAGCGGCCAAAAUUUCCCCCAGCAGUUCCAGAACGCGGACUUCAGGUUUGCCCCUGAACACCGUUCUUUCCCGCAACAGCAGAAACCUGAGAGCUCCCAGCAGGUGACUAACUUUUUCCGGCCGUCGGAACAAAUACUGAAUUCAUUCAACCCGACCGUUCCUUCGAAUCACGCUCCUACACACAACAAUAUACAGCAACAGCAGUUCACAAGGAACUCGUUCCAAAAUGUCGAGCCACCAAAGAAGACGUUCCUUCCUCCAAGGGAGAAUUUCCAACCCCCUUUGCAGACUUUCCAACCCCCAACAAAUGACUUCAGAAGUUUUAACCCCCAGCAGCAGAACAAUUUCAAUCCCCAAAACAGUUUCAACCCUCAGCCGCAGAACAACUUUAACCAACAGAGUAGCUUCCAGCCCUCGUUCAGACAGCAAACGCCGACACAGCCCCCGUUCCAGCAGCAACAGAAACCAACACAAACUUCGUUCCCGCAGCAACAACAACCAACGCAAAACACGUUCCAGCAACAGCAACCGCAAUUCAACCAGCAGCAGUUUAGCAGACCUGUCUUGCAGCAGAAUAACUUUGUUCAGCCUUCUCAGAAACCUCAGCAGAACUUUUUCAAUCCGCAAGUCUCCCCGCAGGCCCCUUCAACCACCCAGCAGCCACCGACCACUAGCACCACCACCACCACCACCACAGCUGCCUCUGCUCCUGCGUCUUCUGAUCCCCUGGGAGGUUUGAGCCAGGAACAACUUCUGUCUCUCGUCGCCAACCAAAAAACGCCCAACGUUAUCACCCUGCCCAACGGGCAAAAGGUUCAGGUCCUAACCGCCCCUGACAAUGCCCCUGCCGCUACCACAACUGAGAGGCCUGCUCCAGUUGUAAGGACAAUCGAGACCAAGGGUGGCUUACUGGACGCGGUUACUCAGGGAGUAGUGCCCGAUGGCAUUAAGUACGAGGUGAUUAGACAGAAACAGGAUGGAGACCUCGAGACCGUCAAGGGACUUCCGUCUGAUUUGCCUAAAAAGGUGACGUUCGUCAUCUUGGAAGAGCAAGACGACGGCUCCUUCAAGGUUCAGGGUGUGCGCAAGGGCGCCGGCAUCCCUGAGGGCUCCGACAUCGCCGCCGAGGCGGCCAAGGCAGCCAAGACUGGUGAAGAGGACAACGAGGAAGUGCAGAAAAUCCUGAAGAAGCUUCAAGACGGCAAACUCAAGUUGCCCUCCGGGGCUCCCGCCCCCGUCGCCCGAGUUGUUCCCGCGCCCGUUCGUUCCCGCCCCAUCCCCAGAGUAGUCCCCGAUCCCACAACUACUACCACAACCACUACAACCACCACCACCACCACCUCCACUGAAGCACCGGUCGAACAUCGCGGCAGUCUUGCAUCCCAAAGCAGUUUCGUGUCGCACAGCGUGCCGUCGCCUAACGCGCUCUUGAAGAAAUCGGUGCCGUCAACGCUUGGAGAUGCACUCAGAGCUCAAGGUUUGCGCUCUAUGGCCCAGUUCCUCGAACAAGUUGGACUCGAUCGUGCAUUGAAUGACUCAAAUCCGUUCACCAUGUUUGUGCCAACUGACCUGGCGUUCAAGGCGCUGCUUUUGGAGCUUGGCGGAGCUGAAAGGGCCCAAGCCAAGUUCAAACAAAGUCCACGAUUGCUCAGUGGGCUCCUCCUGCACCACGUGAUUCCGGGCUAUUUCAAGGUGGAGGACUUCCAGGACGAGAUGACCGGCGUCAGUUUGGCCGGCACUCAGCUGCGCGUCAACGUCUACUCCAACACCGACCAGUCGUUCAACCCCAAGAGAGUCAUCACCAUCAACGGUGGUGCCGUGUUUGACCGCUUGUCCGACAUUCCCCUGCCUGGAGGCUCCAUCGCACACGGCGUCAACAAGGUGCUCUUCCCGCUGCCCGUUGGAGACAUCAUGACCUCUCUGGAGGCGGACCCUGGCAGACGCUUCACCAAACUGCUUCAGAUCGUCAAGGACUCCGGCCUUGAUGAGCUGCUCGUCGCUCCCGCCGCCGACAGCCCAGAUGACGGCAGGACAUUCUCGCUCUUCGCACCUACGGACGAGGCCUUGGCGAGUGCUCCCCCUGAAAUCGUGCAGCUGCUGGAAGCGUCUCAAACCCCUGAGCGUAAAGCGGCCCUCAAGGUGCUUCUUGAGAGGCACAUUGCCCCCGGCACCCUCUUCUCCGAGGGCGUGACCUACUAUCAAGCUGCUUCAACCCUCUCGUCCAACCAGCCACUCAGGCUUUUCAACGACAAUGGAGUGUUCAAAGUGAACUCGGCGAGAGUGGUGUCUCCCGACAUUCCGGCCACCAACGGGGUCAUCCACGCACUCGACAGAUUACUCUGAGAGGUCGCGACCCCCAACCGCCUGUUGUAAAUAAAAAUCCAGUCGGCCGGCUCACCAUAUCUCGUCAGCAAUUUCGCCGGCCGCUCGUCGUCGCGAAGACGGCUUUCACCAUGAUUUGCCAUCUCUUUUAAUUCUUUAUAUACUUUAUUCGUUGUACACACACACAAACACUGCAGACGCGCGCGGGUCUUUCAAAUUAAACGUGUGCAGUUAUCCCGUGUCGGACGCACUUUCUACUAGAGAUGAAAAAAUGUGUCCGUCAUGAGAGUUGGAAUCAAAUAUUUUAGACUGGGAACCAAAUUUGUUCUUUAAGCAGAUAAAUUGCACAAAUUUAGUAAAUGAUGUAAAUCAAUUCAAAUUAUUUUUACUCUGCUAACCAAUUCUCACAAGUCUUAUGAAAUUUUUCUUAAUGAACUAAUAGGAUGAAACUUUACCCAAAUCUGUUUUGUAAAUAUUUUUCCGAUUUUAGAUACUUACGACCAGAUUGCUCAUUGCACCUAGAAUUUUAAAUUUAAAGAAAAUUGUUUGCUUGAAUUUUUGGCCUCAAAUUUUUAGACAUGCAAAAAUGUGUAUGAUAGUGUAGUAAUAAAUUAUUACCAACUGUAAUUUUUUUAUAAA